AUGGCUAAACCGGCGCGAUCGCCGACGGCGGAGGCCCUGCCGGCCGCGGAGAAGUCCCGCUCCGCGGUCGGGUCGGGGCUCCGGUCCCUCGCCACCGCCGCCUCUGGAUUUCUGGAUCGGUGGUCGGUCGUCGGGACGGGCGUCUCCAGGCUCGAGAAAACUCUCGGCGACCAGUUCCCCGAGGGUGAGCACUACUUCGGCCUGGAGAAUUUUGGCAAUACCUGCUACUGCAACAGCGUGCUGCAGGCACUUUAUUAUUGUAUUCCGUUUCGGGAGCAGUUGCUGGAAUAUUAUGCAAAUUACAGGAAUCCAGGAGAUGCUGAGGAAAAUUUGUUGACCUGCUUGGCAGAUCUUUUUGCGCAGAUAAGCCUAUCGAAGAAAAAGACUGGUGUUAUUUCUCCAAAACGUUUUGUCCAUAGAGUGAGGAAACAGAAUGAAUUGUUUCGUAGUAAUAUGCACCAGGAUGCCCAUGAAUUUUUGAAUUUUUUGUUGAAUGAGAUUGUCGAUAUUCUGGAAAAAGAGUUUAGUACUGUGAAGGAUUCUCCUGAAAGCACAUCCCCUGGAGGGGUGGCAAAUGGCGAAGUUUAUCAUUUAGCCAAUGAAGUUCGAAGGGAGCCGCUGGUUACAUGGGUCCACAAGAAUUUUCAGGGUAUUUUGACCAAUGAAACAAAGUGCCUGAUGUGUGAGACUGUCACCGCAAAGGAUGAGACAUUUUUAGAUUUGAGCAUCGACAUUGAACAGAAUAGUUCACUAACAAGCUGCCUGAAGAGUUUCUUUUCCACCGAGAUUUUAAAUGCCGAGGACAAGUUUUUCUGUGACAACUGCUGCAGUUUGCAAGAAGCACAGAAGAGAAUGAAGAUAAAAAAGGCGCCACAAAUAUUGGUGAUCCACUUAAAGCGCUUCAAGUUCAUUGAACAGCUGAGUCAGCACAAGAAACUGUCAUACCGAGUGGUAUACCCCAUGGAGCUGAAGCUGAGCAGUGCCUCUGAUGAUGUGGAUUGCGAAUACUCACUCUUUGCUGUGGUAGUCCACGUUGGGAACGCUGCCAACCACGGACAUUAUGUAAGCCAGAUUAAAAGCGGCGACCACUGGCUGUCAUUUGACGAUGACAGUGUUGACAAAAUUCAGGAGUCAACCCUGCAAACGUUCUAUGGUUCUUCUCGCGAAUAUUCUGGCAACAGCGAUCAUGGCUACAUCUUGUUCUAUGAGAGCGUUGCAAAGAGCUAG